GUAGUAUCAGACGCAUUGUGGGUGCGUUCCACUAAGCGCUCACAACGAUCACGCUCACGACCACAGUUUUUCCCGUUCCACUUACCUACGAGCGUUACUGUCGUAAAUUCAAGUGGAAUGGACUAUGGUGCGUUUUGAGCGUGGAGGUAAUAAUACAAAUGGCGAGGUAGUGAAAAGAAAGUAAAAGAUUAAAGAGGUUAAGAUUUAAUCUGUAAUCCUUCAUGUCAGUUUCACGGUCGCCAUUUUUAUUGUUGUCAGUUUCGAAAAAACCGCUAAUUUUCUCAACGCUCACUACAACCCACGUUUUCAGAUGGGUCGUUGUGGGCUUCGCGUGAGCGUUAGUAAUGACGUCAUGAGUGACGUUUCGCCGCGACCACACGACCGCGGUCGUUAUGUGGAACGACUAAAGGAGCAUUUUGAUCGUUGUGAGCGCUUAGUGGAACGCACCCAUUGUGUUCGCACGUGUAGAUCAAAUGGUUUCAUUAAAAUAAAUUGUAUCUUCAAAAUAAUCAUCAUGCAGAUUAAUUUAAACACGCCGAAUUUUUUUGAAAUUAUAGUAGGUACUUAUGAGCAGUAUUUACUUGGAUAUAAAUUCACCAAUAUCGUUAAUGAAUAUAAACUUGAGAAAAGUUUUGCUACGCAUAGUCAUUUGGGUAGCAUAAGAAGUGUUGCUAGCAAUAAUUAUUAUUUAGCGUCAGCAGGCGCAGAUGAAACAAUCUGUUUAUAUGAUUUGCGCAAUAGAAUAGAAUCUGGCAAAUUGAUGCAUCAUAAUGAUACUGUUAAUCAUGUUACUUUUACACCAGAAGCAUCACAUCUAUUUUCCUGUAGCAAGGAUGGAACAAUAGCUGCUGUUAGAUGCGGAAAUUGGCAAAUGCAGAAACAUUGGAUGAAACCACAUAAAGGUUUAUCUGUUCAUACUUUAGCUAUACAUCCAACAGGGAAAUUAGCUUUAUCGACAGGAGCAGAUGGUAUUCUUAGAACAUGGAACUUAGUUAAAGGAAGACAAGCAUAUGCUACAAAUUUGGUACCACGUUUAAAAUCUGAUGCUAAAGACAUCAUAGUUUUAAAGUGGAGUCCAAACGGUGAAAAAUAUCUUCUGGCAGCUAAUCAACAAAUUGACAUAUUCUCAGUACAAUAUGCAGGUAUCGACCAGGAAGUACAAUUAGAUUCUAAAGUGGUAUGCGUCGAAUUUUUAAAAGAUGACUUGAUUGUUAUUGGUUUAGAAAAUGGUCAUAUUAAAUUUUAUGAUCUUGAAAAAUUAGCUUAUACUUUAAAUAUAUUAGCGCACGAUAUUAGAAUUAAAUGUAUGGCGUACAAAGACGAUUUGUUGGUAACUGCUUCUAGUAAUGGGGAAAUUAAACUUUGGAGAUUUACCAGAAAUAAGGUCGAUAUGUUACAGAGUAUUAAUUGUGAUGCUAGAAUUACCUGUCUUACACUUGCAGCGUUGUAUCAAAAUGUAGUUUAUAAAAAAGAAACAGAUUUUAAAGUUGAAGAGAAAGUAAAAAACAAAAAUAAAUUUAGAUUACAACAGGAAGUUAUUAUAGAAGAUGAUAAUGAUGAUGCUAAUAAUGAUAAUGAUGAUGAUGAUGAUAAUGAUAGUGACGAUGAUGAUGACGAUCAUUGGGAAGUUACAUCUAUUGGUAAUUCUAAUAUUAAUCUAAGCACAACGUCAAAGAAUAAUUCAACAAGUGCAGAAUGGAUAGAAGCAGAUGCUAAUUCAUCGGGAAAAUUAAAUACAAAUGGACAAUUAAGUAAAAAUAAUCAACGGAAUAAACGAAGUAUUGACUCUGUAGAAAAUUUUUCUCCUUCGCCAAAGAAGAAAACUUUAAAUGAAGAUAGAAAUAAUAAUAGUAAUAGUAAUAGUAAUAGUAAUAGUAAUAGUAAUAGUAAUAGUAAUAGUAAUAAGAAGAAAAAGGAUGUACAUAUUAAGAAAAGAAAAAUAGAAGAAACUGAGCAAAAUGUUACUAAGACGUCUUUCAAAAAGAGAAAAAAGACUAUUAAGACGGAAACAGAAUCUGAUAGUAAAAUUCAAAAAAAUAAGAAGCAAAAUUGGUUAGAAGAAAGAAGUAAGAAAGUAAGUAAAAAAAUAAGUAAAAAAAUAGAAGAGGAAAAUCGCCCUAUACCGUCAAAAAAUAUCACAAAAAAAGAUACAGAAUCUGUUAAGAAACGGGAGAAAUGGAAAACUGAGUCGUUGAAGGUAGAAGAGAAAAAUAAAAAAGUUAGUAAAAAAAGAAAAACGAUAGAAGACGGACAUCUUGUAUCGUCGAAUAAGAUGAAAAAAAAAAAGCAGUAACUUGUGGAAGUUAACUUAUUUUUUUGUACGAUAUUUACAGUCGCUAAAAUCAGAUUCGCAGAUUAUUAUAUAUAAGAGUAAUAAUAAAUUAUUUGCUAGCUCCUAUCAGUCUAUAUAAAUAUCUAGUAUAAUAAAUUCCGCAAAUAAAUACAAUUCGAUGCUUCUCUUUCAUCAAACUCUGUUACAAACUUACAAAUAUAUCUUCUAAUUGAGUUAAAUAAAAAACAAUUUACCACAAAAUA